GCGGGUCGGCGGCGGGGGGCGGCGGCGGCUCCGCGGGCGCGGAGCACCGGCAGCACCGGCGGCGGAGGAGGAGGAGGAGGGAGGACGGUGCUGAGCGCCCGGCUCGCCGCUCUUCCUGCCGGGGACGUACACACUCGUUCAUGCACGAGCGCUCUUCUUUUUUUUUCUUCGGCGAUUUUUUCUAAUUACUACUAUUUUUACCUUUUUUCUUUUUUCUUUUUUUUUUUCCUGAGGGUUUUUUCUUUUCGCUCAGUAACCUCGCAUCUACCAAAAUCCUACCUGCACAAACUCGUGGCCGCCGACCCUGCCGCCACCGCCACCACGAGUCCUGGAGCCGGGGUUUAACCGGGGCUUCGGGGGCGCGCCGCCGCCGCCCCCCUCCCCCGCGGCGGGUGGCGCUGGCCGUGCCCAGCGCUUGAGAGACUUUCGGCGGCCGGCGCCCUGCUGCUCGCCUUGAAACGCCGGCGGGAAGCACUUGUGAACUGGACCAGCUGCUUCGGGGAGGGGGGGGACACCCGAGGUGGUGAGGAGAGAAAAAAAAAAAAGCAGACCGACACACCCCCCCUCCAAAACAAAAAAAAAAACCAAACAAAAAAAAAAGCCCAAAACACUCCAAGAGAAAACAAAAAAAGCAAACUUGGACGGGCGGCUCGCGGCGCUGCUUUUGCAGAAACUCUGUCUGACCGCGGGCGGCCCCGCCGCCGCUGCCGCCGUCGCCUCGAGGGGGAGAGGACCGCGCCGCCGGGGACCGGGCGCCGGUGUGGAAGUACAAGUGGUGCGGGGAGCGGGGGCGCGGCCGCGGGGGGCUGCGCGGCUGGCUGCGCCGCCCCGGUGCCGCUGUGAGAAGUUGCGCGCCCUGCCCCGCGCCGGAGCGGCGCUGAGCCCCGGCGAGCCCCCCGCCGCCGCCGCCGCCGCGAUGGUGCAGCAGACCAACACGGCGGAGAACACGGAGGCGCUGCUGGCCGCCGAGACCUCCGACUCCGGGGCCGGCAUCGAACUGGGCAUCGCCUCCUCCCCCACGCCGGGCUCCACCGCCUCCACGGGGGGCAAGGCGGACGACCCGAGCUGGUGCAAGACGCCCAGCGGGCACAUCAAGAGGCCCAUGAACGCCUUCAUGGUGUGGUCGCAGAUCGAGCGGCGGAAGAUCAUGGAGCAGUCCCCCGACAUGCACAACGCCGAGAUCUCCAAGCGCCUGGGCAAGCGUUGGAAGCUGCUCAAGGACAGCGACAAGAUCCCCUUCAUCCGGGAGGCGGAGCGGCUGCGCCUCAAGCACAUGGCGGACUACCCCGACUACAAGUACCGGCCCAGGAAGAAGGUGAAGUCGGGCAACAGCUCCGCCAAGCCCGGCGACAAGGCGGACAAGGGCGGCGGGGGCGGCGCCGGCGGGGGCAGCGCGGGCGGCGGUCCCGGCGGCCCGGCGGCCCCCGCCAAGCCCGCCCCGAAGAAGGGCGGCGGCGGCGGCGGCGGCUCCAAACCCUCCCCCGCGGGCGGCGGCGGCGCGGGCGCGGGCGGCAAGCCCCACGGCAAGGCGGCGGCGGCGGGCGGCAAGGCCGCCCCUUUCCCCGGCGAGCCGCCGGCCGCGCUGCUGCCGCCCGAGCACCAGGCGCUGUACAAGCCCCGGGGGGCGGCGGGCGCCCCCCCGGGCCCCGGCAAGCCGCUGGCCGAGAAGAAGCUGAAGCGGGUCUACGUCUUCGGCAGCGGGCAGGCGGCGGCCGCCUCCGCCUCCCCCGGCGGCGCCGUGCCUGGCAGCCCCACGCUGAGCAGCUCGGCGGAGGCCGGCGACCCCUUGAGCCUCUACGAGGAGGGGGGCGGCGGGGCGGGCCGGCCCGACGGGGACUGCGGCGGGGCCGCCUGCCCCUCGCCCUCCGGCUCCGGCUCGGGCUCGCCCUCGGAUCACCGCAGCUACACCAGCCUGCGCGCCCCCUCCCCGGCCCCCUCGACGGCGCAUUCCUCCUCCGCGUCCUCCCACUCCUCCUCCUCUUCCUCCUCCGGCUCCUCUUCGUCGGACGACGAGUUUGAGGACGACCUCUUGGACCUGAACCCCAGCCCCGGCUUUGAGAGCAUGUCCCUGGGCAGCUUCAGCUCCUCGGUGCUCGACCGGGACCUGGAUUUUAACUUCGAGCCCGGCUCGGGCUCGCACUUUGAGUUCCCGGACUACUGCACGCCGGAGGUAAGUGAGAUGAUCUCGGGGGACUGGCUGGAGUCCAGCAUCUCCAACCUGGUCUUCACUUACUGAGGCGAGAGCCGGGCCCUGCUGGAGGAGACACGGACGCGCGUUGUCGGCAGGACUCGCCCGCCCCGCCGGGGCGGUUUUGUUUCUUUCUUUUUUCUUUUUUCUUUUUUUUUUUUUUAAUAAUUUUCUGGGAAGGGGCUGGUGAGACUGCUUCUUGUGCUCGGGGAGAGCGGCGGCGGGAGCGGGAUCGUCCUCUCCUCGCAGAAGGGCCGUCAGUUCCCUUCCCCCUCCGGCUGGAGACGGACCCGCACACACCCCCUUCCGAGGGACGAGCCCGACGUUGCUUUUUCAGAGACUGGCGGGAGCGAAACGCCGGGUUUUUCCUUUUCCUUUUUUAUUUCCUGAAAAGAGAGACAGAGGAAAGGGGGGACGGGGGGUGGGGGAACCACACACACCUCUGGGUUCUUUGUUAUUGCCCACUUUAUACGAAUAAAGAGGAGGGGGAGCGAUGCAUUGUGCUGAGCGCACACUGGAUGUCUUGAGCAUUCGCGCUUUCCAGCGAAAGAGCGAUCAGAACUGCUUGGAAAACAAAAAAAAAAAAGAGGAGAAAAGAAAAAAAAUCCACCCUUGCAAGGUUCGCGUUUGGGGGGAGAAAUCCUGUCCCGGUUUCUCAUGCGGCGAGAGGAGGCGACGAUGAUGGGAGGAGGAGGAAGAGGAGGAGGAGGCGGAUGGAGCUGGGUGCUGGACUGAGAUCCUAGUUAAGCGGAGAAGAGCCAGACUUACGCUUGAGAGCCGUCUUGGAAAUACGGUGGGGGGAAGAUAAUAAUAAACUGAAACGGAUUUGCACGUACAGAUGAGGUGGCGGCAGCGCUUUUCUCAGUCACCUUAUGUCAUAUGUAGAGAGAAAAAUACGGCCGAAACUUCAAGAACACUGAAAACUUGUUUUGAAACAGAGACCGAAUGGGAACAGUUUCUGUCAUGAUGUGGUACAGGGGAAAUGGAGGGCGAUGGCUUUUGCAAAAAAACCCGAAAAUACAAAAAAAAAGUAGUUUUUUCUUCUUGCUCAGAAUCGUGAUGGUGUUGGAUUAUUUCACUGGUGGGGUUUAAUAUAGCAUGUUAUCCUGUCUAUCUUUUUAAGAUUUCUGUAAGACUGUUGAACAGUUUAAAAAAAUAGUGUUAGGAUAAUAUAAAAGCAGAUAGAUGGCGCUAUGUUUGAUUCCUACAAAAAUAUCACCAGCUUUUUUUCAUUCUUAACUCUUUAAAGGAUUCAAACGCAACUCAAAUCUGUGCUGGACUUUAAAAAAGAAAAUUCAGGACCAAAUUUUUUCUCAGAGUAUGUAUGUGUUUGUUCCUUAUAGCUGUAAAUGAAAAGACUGUUUUUUCUCACCGAUGCUCCAUCCUCGUAUUGUUUUUUUUUCCUUGUAAAUGUAAUCGGAUGCCAUUUUAUAAGUGGACGUAUUUAUACUGGCCAAACAUUUUUGACUUGUAUUUCUUUGUCCUUUUUUGGUAGUUCUCGUUGUUACCCGCACCAUUUUUAUGUCUCCUUCACUGAAGGGCUAGAGUUUUAACUUUUAAUUUUUUAUAUUUAAAUGUAGACUUUUGACACUUUUAAAAACAAAAAGAGAAGAGAGAUGAAAACGUUUGAUUAUUUUCUCAGUGUAUUUUUGUAAAAAAUAUAUAAAGGGGGUGUAAAUCGGUGUAAAUCGCUGUUUGGAUUUCCUGAUUUUAACAACAGGGCCGCUGGUUAGUAUCUCACACGCGUGUGCGCGCUCACGCUCACUCACCCACUCUCACACACCCACGAAUCAGCCCCUAUUUUGUCCAUGUUUACACUCCAAUCUGCAGGCAUCUUAAAGUGACAGCAUCCCUCGCCGCCAGCGCCCGCUCCGCAGCCCCCCCCCCGCCUUUCUGGGGAGGGGGCGGGAGGGGGCCGGGGCAGCCGGAGGGGAAGGGGGAGACGGAGGCGUUAUGUAUACACUGUAUGCUACCGUUUUGGGGAGAAACCUAUCCCGAAAUGAAGUAAAGCAACUGGUGCAUUGACACAGAAGGGAUCCUGUACCUUUAACUUGUAAACCACAUCUUUUGCACUUUUUUUAGAAGCAAAAACGUGCCGUUUAAACCACUGGAUCUAUCUAAAUGCCGGUUUGAGUUCGCGACACUAUGUACUGCGUUUUUCAUUCUUGUAUUUGACUAUUUAAUCCUUUCUACUUGUCGCUAAAUAUAAUUGUUUUAGUCUCUUAUGGCAUGAUGAUAGCAUAUGUAUUCAGGUUUAUAGCUGUUGUGUUUAAGAUGAAGAAAGUGAAAACAUCUUUGUACAUUUAAGUCUGUAUUAUAAUAAGCAAAAAAGAAGAUUGUGUGUUUAUGUAUGUUAAUAUAACAUGACAGGCACUAGGACGUCUGCCUAAUGAGGUGGUUCCGUUAAGGGUUUAACUUUUUUUGUUCUUUUUGUUAUUUUUUUGGUCAUCCAUCCUGUGCAAUAUGCUGUGUAGAAUAUUUUUUUUUUUUUUUGUCUAACGAUCACCCACGACGCAACGUUGGGACAGAAGAGAGAAAAAAAAAAAAAAAGAUCAUGCCAGCUAACCAUGUCAAGUUCACUGCCUGUCAGAUUGUUGAUAUACCUUCUGUAAAUAACCUCGCUUUUUUUUUUUUUUGGUUUGUUUGUUUGUUUGUUGUUUUUUUUUUUUUCUUCGGGAAGGAAAUAAAAUCAGCUGGAA